CUACAACAUCAUAUCCAUAAGUAAGAGGCUCAGCGUAACAUAUAAAACAUCCUGUGCCUCGCUGCCACUGAGCAAAUCGUCGCCACUCUUCACUCGCCACUCGCCUGUGACCACCCGACAUGUAUCGCCAGCUCGUCGCACAAGUUUGUCUGCUUGUCUAUGCCAGCGCGUAUGGAGAUGACGGGCGGCGCGCGGGCCCGGCGGCAGGCACGCUCAGCUCGGUGGGCUCGUUCGAACGCUCGCCGCCGCUGUUCCGGCCCGGCUCGCAGGCGUACGUGGUAUCGCAGUACAUAAAGCCGAAGCCACCGCACCAGUACUGGGAGGAGGAGACGUCACUGGCGCUAGUGCCGGAGACGCGCAACUGCUUGCUGUGUGAGGCGCAGGACUCCGGCGCCUGCCGCGCUAUGCCGUCCUGCGUCUACUGCGAGCCCACAGUGACCGCACUGUGUGAGCGCAGCACGCCAUGCCUACGCUGCACCGUAAUCAAGAACCCGUUCUUCAAAUGCAUCCCCGGGGAGAAGUACAUGGACGAGUGCGACUCGUGCCGCUGCACCGACGGCCACGGAGGCUGGUGCACCAACCAGUUCUGCGAGUUCCGCGCCCUCCAUCUCUACGCUAUCAAACUAUCCGACGGAGAGUUCUACUGACACCAACCACGUCUCAUCAAACAUCCUGACAUACUUAUUACAUUGUCAUGUUACAGGAUUGAGUUAAAAUUUAAUCUAAUACAUUUUAAUAAAAAAGAGAACCACAUUUUACUAGAUGUUACAAUGUUAGUUUGACGUGGCUUGAUCUUAAUAACGUUUUUUUUUUAUCUAAUAGAAUCUCACAACAU